AUGGGCUGCACGCAAUCCAUCGAUGUGAUCCGUCCGAACCUGUUCCAGACUAAACUCUGUAUGCACCACAAGACGCCAGUGACGGAUGUGUAUCGCAGUCUGGGCGAGCUGGGCAGGGGCGCCUUUGGAGUCGUCGAGAAGGUCGAGCACCUCAAAACACACAGACACUACGCGAUGAAAACUGUGCGCUUCGAGUCAGGAAGCAAACGCCAUGAGUUCGAGAAGGAGAUGGGAAUCCUCCGUGUUUUGCACCACCCCAACAUUGUCCGCAUGCUCGAGACGUUCGAGGAUGACCACCACUUUUACAUCAUCAUGGAGUUUAGUUCUGGUGGAACACUGCUCGACCGAGUAAAGACUCGCAACAAGGAAUUCCCUGAGGACGAAGCCAAGGAUAUCAUUCGAAACUUGGCAUCCGUCAUCCAAUACUUGCACUCGCGUAAUAUUUGUCACCGCGAUCUGAAGCUGGAGAACAUUCUUGUCGAAACGUUGGAUAAUGGGGGCCAUAUCAAACUUUGCGAUUUCGGCGCAAGCACUCUUUUUAAAUCGGGUGCUAGUAUGCGCAAGGUUCUCGGCUCAGUCGUCUACAUGGCUCCUGAAGUUCUUGAGGGGAACUACAAGGAAACGUGCGAUAUGUGGAGCUUGGGUGUCAUUAUGUAUAUGCUUCUAAGCAACAAGGCUCCAUUUUAUGGACAUACUGAUGACGAACUUGUCGAGAGUAUCUUUGCUGGCGAGGUAAAAUACAAUGGUAAAGUGUGGGAUACCAUUUCUCCUGAAGCGAAGGCACUGCUCCGUAAACUCCUGCACACGAUACCAGAAGAUCGUUUCACUGCUGCGCAAGUGCUUCAACAUCCGUGGAUCAGGUCGACAGAACAAGCGAUACCACCGGAAGUGUACGACGAGUUUGUACCACGUCUGAAAGCUUUUUGUAACUACACUCCGUUCCAGCGAGCCGCACUUGUAGCUAUGGCGUUCUGUAUGUCGUCAGAACAGGUCGCUCUCCACGCAGCGGUGUACAACGAGCUCAACGUCGCCCACAACGGCCAACUAAAGCUCCAAGAGUUGUGUCUGUCGCCAGCUCUCAUCCCCUUCCAGCUCGACUUGGAGAAGAUUUUCGCAGCCCUUGAUCAACAGCAUGAGAACGGUAUCAAUCUCCUCGAGUUCGUCGCUGCCACUAUCAGCCCUGAAGACGCAGCGGAUGAAGAGCUGCUGCUAUCCACUUUCUACGUCCUCGAUCGGUCUCAUCGUGGAGCCAUCACAAAAGACGAUCUCAAGGCUCUUCUGGGUCAACACUUUGACGUUUCGGAGUGCCAAGAGAUGAUCAACAAGGCGGACGCUGACAAAGACGGACAAGUCAACUAUAACGAUUUCGUAAAGAUGAUGAAGCUCCCGACCCUCAAUGGGAAAACGACAAGAGUUUCAUUCACUCAAAGACGCAGUUCGGCUCGUCGACAGUCUGGUAUUUCCGAUGGGUCUGUGCCGAAUGCACCACUUACUGACACGAAGGAAGACACAAUACAACCUUCCGCUGGCCCCGAGACUAUUGAGGUGGAGCUUCCUGAAGUUACUGUCUAGCAGCAGCUUCAUGGUCGAUAUUUUUUCUCUGAACUAAACUUUAGUAAUAAUAUGAAAUGACAAAAAAAAACACACACACACA